CUCGUCUGGAUAAUCCACCAGAUCAGCAUAGUUCUGAUCCUGGACUCCAGCAACAACAUCAAUGGACCAGAAGAAACGGACGAAAUUACGCCACAGUAAAUUGGACCAUUGAUGGAAAAAAAAAAAAUCUUUCACUGCUUCACUUACUCAAGGCAUGAGAAGUGGGGCAGAAAGAAAAAGGCAGUAUUUGAAGAACGCAUAAAAGAAGCGGAUUUACCACCACGAAAGAAGCCUCCACAACCGCAAAACUGGAAUCGAUUGCCUCACAAAUCAAUGGAGUGCGAGCUGUGUAAAAACACGUAUAACUUUCUACGGCAGCAUCUUGUUAAGGGCCAUGGCAUCCGGAACAAGCAGGAGCUGAACCUAUUAAUGAUCUCUGCGUCUGGCCGCGGACACAAAGGCAAAAUUGAAUGCCCAAUGUGCAAGUCAUCAUUUUCAAGGCUGGACAAGCACUUGCGCUUCCAGCACAAGGAUUUGCCAGAGGAUCAAAGGAAGGAUCUGUACCGGCUGUCAGUAAAAAAGAAGGUCCUGCAGGACCUCCAUGAACUGCGGGCGUCACUGCCGGUUGUCACGAUGGUAAGUACGCUAGAUUUGACAGAGGAGGAGCUCAGCAAGGAUGUCCCCCCUGACCCUGAACCACCUAAGCCCUCCUCCGGCGCCAUUGAUGGCCCCUCCUCCGGUGCCACUGCUGGCCCCUCCUCUGGGUAUGCCCUGUCAUGCCCUGGCUGCAGGGUGAGAGAGGAAGCAAUCCGACGUCUCCGGAUGAACAAUACAUAUUUGAGGGCAAACCUGGUCAAGUUCCAAAGACAAACCCCCAGAAAAAAACAUCAAAGAAAGAGAAAGACGGUUGACGAGGAGGAUCAAGACACUGUGUCAGGAUACGAGAAACUCCUGUCAAAAUUCCAUGCUCGUAUUAUCACACGGCGGGCCACCACCAAAGAGGCAUCCAAUGUCCAACAGAGGGUGCAGUCGGUGCGCCAGUUUCUAUUGGCCUCUAGCAGGGGUUCUAUUCCAAGGAGGGACCUCCUCCACCUGAGGGAUCACAGCAGGAUCACUGAAGCUGCUGAUGCCUGGAAGGCACGUGGUCUGGCCCCCACCACUGUCAAGAAGAAACUUAUUGAUACGUCAGAGUUUUUUACAUGGGUGGGGAGAGCGUGGCCUGAGGGGGUCCGCCUCUCAGAGAGAAACGUGGCAGGGAUUAGGAAUGCCCUGUCGAGGGAGUUGAAGAACAUCGCAGGCAGCAUUGUGACACACGUAGUGUCCGUAAGAAGGAAGAAAUCUGACAAAGUCCUCCCCGUGCAGGUGCACCGGGCUUUUUUGAAAAAGGCCAUUCACUUGCUGCCCAAAUUUUUCAACACAGCUGUAAAAACUAAGAAAAGGUCCAAAAUUCAACAAUUUUUGGCCCUGCUUGCCGGGAUGAUCGUGGGGGAAACCGGCCACAGGAUUACCGUAUUGAAAAAUAUGAUGGCCUCAGACGUGGAAGAAGCCAAAAAAAACGGGCGCUGCUACGUGAUCUAUGUAAAGGAGCACAAGACCCGCAGGACAUUUGUGGAUGCACGGGUGCCUGUGGACUCCACGACGUUUGGAAUAAUGAAGUCCUGGCUGGAGGCAAGGGAGAAACUACGUGGCUGGAGUUCGAAAUACUUAUUUUCCAGCAGCUCUGGGGGGAGGGCUCCCCUCCUCCUUGAAGAUUUUAAGAGAAUUUGGCUGGACCUUGGCUUUCCGGGGCCAUCGCCAACGUUCAAUGGCCUACGAAGUUCCAUGGCCACUCAUGUGAGUACAAGAACACGGUCAUGGUAUGUAUGUAUGUAUGUAUGUUUUUAGGCCCUCGAGUCUGCAGGUGAGAAAGAGGCCACUGAA